AUGCAAUCUUUCAAGGAUAUCUUGCUGCAAGAGGAGCAAGGUCAGCUUCCGGAUGGUGAUGGUGGUGCUCAGACUCUCCCUCUCUCUCCGUCUCUUAGCAAUCUUGCUAAGUUUGUAAGUGAUCCCCCAGGUCCACCUUCUUUGUCUGAGUCCAUUGUUCUUGAUGAUUUGUCCCAAGUUAAACAAGAUAUUGAUGACCUAACUAAAUCUUGUUUGGUUGGGAAAAUGUUGGGUGCCACUGUUGACCUAAGAACUAUCAUGUUUAGAACUAAAGCUGACUGGCAGUUUUGUAAGGGUGAUGUAGAGUACCUGGAUAUGGGGAAUAACUGGGUUAUGAUUAAAUUUGUGAAUCCUGGUGAUUUAUAUCUUGUAUGGGCUGAUAGACCUUGGCAUGUUCAAGGGGAGCUCUUUGUGAUCUACCCUUGGAAACCUCAUUUUGAUCCAUAUGUUGAGGAGAUCAAAUAUGUGGAUUUGUGGGUUAGAAUACCUAGAUUUCCUGUUGAGUUAUUGAAUUUUGAUUCUGUAGCUAAUUUGUUAGCUGCUAACAAUAUUGGAUCACUGAUUAGGCUGGAUUCUCGUUCAAUUCUUAAGCAUAAGGUAAGAUUUGCUCGUGCUUGCAUUAGAGUGGAUAUUACUGAGCCUUUGCUGGAAUACGCUGAGGUUACUAGAGCUGGUGGGGUUAAGUGUGGUUAUGUUAUUUGGUAUGAGGAUUUUUCAAUUGGUUGCUCAUUUUGUGGGUGUGAUGAUCAUGUUAUUGAUAACUGUCUCAUUUUAUCUCCCUCCUAA